UAUCCAUAGACUGACAUACUGUAUUUUGAGAAAGCUGUGCGUAAUUUCACUGACUCCGUCAUAGACAUGUAUUUGAUUGAUGACCAUCUUCCAUGGAUUUAUAGGCCUAUAUCAGUAGAAUCCUAUCAAUGAGAAAUAUAUAGUCCUAAUCAAAUACAAACCAAAAAUAUAUAUAUUUAUUCGCUAUUUAAAAAAUAGAACAAUACUUUCCAAUUGUUGCUCUAGAAAAAUCUAUUUAAAAAACGCAUCACUGGCGCAAAUUCAGUAUGGGUGCCCCUCCCUUCCUAGCUGUAUGAUGGAGUGUGUAUGGGGGAACCCGGUGAUUUCCUCUACCAGUUGAGUCCAUAAACUCUAGCACACACAGCAGACGCGCAACGAUGUGCGCCGAGCGGUUGGAGCCAGUCUCCCUGCAUUGCCAAUUUAAUUGAACCGAGGACUGCAUUGUUACCAUUUUUGAAGACCCAAGUUAACCUUUUAUUCACAACAUUUCUUCCUUUUCGUCCUUGUCUUGUCUUUUCAAUAUGUGCUGAUAUUGAAGGGGAGAGGGGAAGGUAGAAUGGGCGAAACCCUCUGGUUCCCUGUGUAACUCUGGGAAUGGAUCCGACGUUCUCGCAGGGAGACAAAGACAAUGAGGUCCGUCUGGAGGGGAUGAGGGAUGGGGCUGGCUUCAUGAGGAUGCCAGAGCACCCCCUGUGGGAGUCCCGUAGCCUAGUCGUCCAGCACCUCUCCUCCUGGAUGACGGAGGGUGAGCCCUUCACCUCUCCUCUCUCCCUGCUGCACUCUGCCGGAGGACAGCGCCUCUCCUCGUCCUCUUCCUCAUCAGUGGCCGCUACUGCCCUUGUCGCCGCCAUGACCCUGGAGCAGAAGACCACCUUCGCCCUGGUCCUCUUCCUCUUCGGUGUCCUCCUCAUCCUAAUCGUGCGGUGCUUUCGCAUCCUGCUGGACCCCUACCGCAGCAUGCCCACCUCCACCUGGGCAGACGGCCUGGACGGGCUGGAGAAGGGCCAAUUCGACUAUACACUGGCAUAGGGGGUUGGGCGUCCAUGUACUGUAUACUGUACACACACACACACGAAUAUGCAGAAUGGCUGCAUUCACCUUGGCUGACGGUCUGGAUGGGCUAGAGAGAAUGGUCAGUUUGAUCACACGCUGUGGUGUAAGGACACAGACCAACAUGCAUUGUAUGUCAUGAAAUAUACACACACACACGUGGUUAUAUCCUCCUAGAUUCACAGUAUGCAUGGGCAAGAGAAGAGCCGGUUUAACCACACACACACACACACACUGCAGUGUGGUUGCAUCCUUCUGGGUUCACUUUCCCCCACUUGUUUACACCGUAGACAGCUAAUGUCACUCACACACACUGACACAAGAAGCAGUUCACAGGGUAGUUCUCAUCCUCCUCCAUGUCCUCCUCACCGUUCAAGUUGACAACAAUGUCAGUGCUAUUUCAACCCUCCUCAUCGUAAUACCUCACCAUCCGAGUCAAGAACUAAACUAUUUCAACCCUCCUCCUCGUAAUACCUCACCAUCCGAGUCAAGAACUAAACUAUUUCAACCCUCCUCCUCGUAAUACCUCACCAUCCGAGUCAAGAACUAAACUAUUUCAACCCUCCUCCUCGUAAUACCUCACCAUCCGAGUCAAGAAAUAAACUAUUUCAACCCUCCUCCUCGUAAUACCGCACCAUCCGAGUCAAGAACUAUGCCAACGCUAUGUCAACCUGUGCUGUCGUAGGCUGCUAAGUUAUUCAACCUUGUACUAAAGGAACAUUUGAAAUCUUCUACUGUUCUGGAGGAGUGUUGUUGUUGAUAUAUGUAUGUCCCAGAAAUGUGUGUUCAGAAUGUUAAAUGCUGAAUGCUGACCUAACAUAUUAUUAUGGUGAUCGUUUUGUCAUUUUACACUCAUUGCUCAUAACUGACUUAUGUUAAUCUAUUAUAGAUGGACGUAUUUACACAAUCAGGGAAUUUGAUUUAGGAUGAUAUUAUUUUCAAUGGCCAAAAACAAGCAUUCCUCAUCUUGUUUUUAUAGCUCAAUAAUUUGAUAUUGUUGGUAUAGAUUGAGAUAAUAGCUGAUAUCAUUUGACCCAGUCAGCAGAUGGCUAGAAGGGAUACAUAAAUGUACAUAUCUAUCUAUCUAUCUAUCUAUCUAUCUAUCUAUCUAUCUAUCUAUCUAUCUAUCUAUCUAUCUAUCUAAGCACUUCAAGUCAAUGCAAUAAUAUAUUAAAACUAUCAGAUGUGGUUUCUCCUAUGGGAAACCUGGGUUCAGAUCCUACCUGUGACACAAGUGUGUUCCUAUCAGUCAGAUACCUGUUCCUAAAGAUUAGCUGCUGUCCCCACUGCAGAUCCCCACUACAGAUCCCCACUGCAGAUCCCCACUGCAGAUCCCCACUGCAGAUCCCCACUGCAGAUCCCCACUGCAGAUCCCCGUACGCUCCUCUUCUAUGUUUUCAGACCUCAGAAGUAGUCUGAUAUCAAGAUGUGUGCAUGUGUUGUGUAAAUGGGUUUUUCUUCAAAUAUCUGACUAACUUAGAUUAUUGAGUGGACUAACACUUUGACACUAUAUAAAAUGUGGGGAUUUAUGUGUAAAAUGUAAUGAAAUACUGUAGGUGGCAACAACAGUGUGUUUGGAUAGGGCUCUACAGUUGGAGCUGUCACUUUCAUUUAUAAUCAACUGCAUGCAACUUAGUUGCUGAAAGUAUUUUUAGUAAAUGUGGUUGUUGGAUCUUGCAUGGGAUUCAGAGCAGUUGACACUUGAUAAAUCAAAAUGAUAGAUUGCUUAGAGUUUGAACAUAGGGGACUAUCCAAAUAAAGUGUCACCAAGUAAUUAAAUCCUGGCCCGGUAAUCCACAAACCCAAGAAUACGUUGUACAACUUGCUCUCUUGUGACAUACAGAGUAUACUUGCUUCGAUUCAAAUGAAUGUGUCGUUGGUCAAAAAUCACUUCUGUUACAGAAGGCAGGUUAUGUCCACUAACUGUGUCUCACCUGAGUGUGUUGCAGUGACCAGGGUACUGUUCAAAUAACACUCACUCCUUUUUCAAUACUGACAUUGGAAGGAAUGGCCUUUUCAAGCUGUGAAGUACAACUCAUAACUCAGUCACUAGAUCAGCUUAUGUAAAGUCUAUGUAAAUAUGCAGGGUUAUAGUGAUGAUUUUGCGGCAAUUGCAUGUAGUGGUCAGUCAUAAUCUUGUGGAGCAACAGAACCUUGUGGAGUAAAAACAACCCCUUCCUUCAAUGUGAUAUAAUGACGAUGAAUAAAGUGUUUCCAGAUCAC